CUUUUGUUUACCAAAAAUUGCUACGAAAUAUUUCGGUUUUUAUUUUGAUAAAUUUUCAUAACAAUCACAUCUCGUUUCGAUGUCCUCGAAACAAACGGUUGUCCAUUGGUUUCGGAAAGGACUUCGUGUGCAUGACAAUCCGGCACUUGCAUCCGCCGUUCAACGCGUAACCGAUGCUCCGUUAGCUAACUUUGUGUUACGGCCAAUUUUCAUUCUUGAUCCGGAAAUCCGUAAAUGGCUUAAAGUAGGCCCAAAUAGGUGGCGAUUUCUCCAACAAUCGCUUGAUGAUCUGGAUCAAAAUCUCAGGAAAUUAAACAGCAGAUUGUACGUUGUUAGAGGAGAUCCCGUUGAAGUUUUUCCAAAGCUUUUCCAGCAAUGGAACGUUUGCUUGCUUACCUACGAGUAUGAUAUCGAGCCAUAUGCGAUAAAGAGAGAUGCGAUUGUGCACAAAUAUGCAAAUGAAAGAGAAAUUGAAGUUCUGGUCGAAAAAUCUCAUACCAUUUACGACCCAAACGUCAUUCUAAGCAAAAAUGGAGGAAAAGUUCCUCUAACUUACCAAAAGUAUGGAAAUCUAGCAUCAACAUGUAAACAACCAAACCCAGUAGACGUUCCAAGCCAACUACGCGAGGGCUGUGAUCCGGAACAGGAUGAAACGGAACGAAAAGAUUUGCAUUGUUACGACGUUCCCGGUUUGAAAGAACUGGGCGUCGAACAGAAAGAGUUAGGUGAAUGUAAAUUUCCUGGAGGAGAAACGGAAGGAUUAAGGCGCUUGCAGGAGUACAUGAAGCGCAAAACAUGGGUUUGUUCGUUCGAGAAACCCAACACUUCUCCAAACUCGUUGGAACCGAGCACAACGGUACUCAGUCCAUAUGUAAAAUUUGGUUGUCUAAGCUCGAGAUUGUUCAUGAAUGAGUUGAAUAAGGUCCUGAAAGGUCAAAAACAUUCUCAACCGCCAGUUUCUCUGGUGGGACAACUGAUGUGGCGAGAGUUUUACUAUUGCGCCGCCGCUGCUGAGCCAAAUUUCGAUAAAAUGGUUGGCAACAAAAUAUGCCUGCAAGUGCCAUGGGAAACCAAUCAAGCCCACCUGGAAGCGUGGUCUCACGGUAGGACCGGGUAUCCUUUCAUUGAUGCUAUAAUGCGUCAGCUGCGACAGGAAGGAUGGAUCCAUCAUCUUGCGCGACAUGCAGUAGCCUGUUUUCUAACACGUGGAGAUUUAUGGAUUUCCUGGGAGGAAGGGCAGCGAGUAUUUGAGGAACUUCUACUGGAUGCCGACUGGGCUUUGAAUGCCGGUAACUGGAUGUGGCUAUCGGCGUCUGCUUUUUUCCAUCAAUAUUUUCGCGUGUACAGUCCGGUAGCUUUCGGCAAGAAGACUGAUCCGGAAGGCCAGUACAUUAAAAAGUAUGUUCCAGAAUUGUCUAAAUAUCCUUCGGGGAUAAUUUACGAACCAUGGAAGGCAAGUCCACAGGUACAAGCGAAGCUGGGAUGUGUUAUUGGUAAAGAUUACCCGAAGAGAAUUGUUAUCCACGAAGAAAUUUCCAAACUAAACAUUCAGAAAAUGACGAAAGCAUACCGAGACAAUAGAAACGCUAAGGAUGAAGCGAUUGCUGACGAUCAGGACGCAAAUCAAUUUACAAAUAAACGCAAAACCAGCAUCACACCGUCUAAAUCGCCUUCGAAGAAGGUUAAACGUGAAAACACGAUGGAUAGAUACUUAAAGCGGGAAUAGAAAAUCGUCUUAUUUGUUAAAAGCUGUUGAGAUAUAAUUUCGCAUUGCCUUUGAACGAAAAAAAAAUCACUGUACAGUUUACAUAAAUAA